ACAAAUCAAUUAUGAUCAAUGAAAAAGCAAUUUCUAAUAAACGAUGAUUAGUUACGUGUUUGAUUUCAUCGACGAACAAGUGCAUUAAAAAUGAAAAGCAAUCAAAUAGUAAAUAUUUUGCUGAAUGUGAUUUUUGUCGUUGUGCAAAUUACGUCGUCUAAAGAAUUGCCUUCUUGGAUAAACAAAUGCAGAGCCGACGAUGAAAACAUAGGAAAGUGCAUCCAACAAAAUGUGGAAGUGGUCCAGACGAGACUCCUGAAUGGAGUUCCGGAGCUCCGGUUGCCUUCGUUCAAUCCUUUGGAAAUCCAGGAGGCGACCAUACAAAAUCCCGGAGAUUUUAAAGGCCGAUUCACCGACAUCAAAAUCUACUACGCCGAUGAGUUCCUGAUGCCGUUUUUGAAGGUAAAUUUGCCUUCGAAUCAUGUGGAAUUGAAACUGAAAUUUCCUAGGAUGCGCAUCAACUCCACCUACCAUUUUAGUGGGAAAGUUUUGGGACUUAACAUUGUGGGGGAGGGGCCUUCAGACGGUAACUUCACAAAUAUUGAAGGAACAUUUGUACUAAAUGGAACGAGGAUUAAAAAAAAUGGACAAGAAUAUAUUAAAUUUAACGACUUAGACAUGGAUUUAGAUAUUGGCAAACCGAAGUUCGAAUUCGUGGACUUGUUCAAAAACAACAAGGAACUGACUGACAGAACCAACGAAGUAGUAAACGAAAACAUCGAAAGUAUAAUUGAGGAACUGCAUCCAGUGCUAAAUGAAAUUAUUAAAAACGUAGUUUUGUCAUUAAUUUCUGGAGUGUUCGAUAAGUACUCCUUUAAUGAACUGUUUUCAUAACAUUAAUUAAUAAUAAAACAACAAAAAUAUAAAUAAAAAUGUAUUAAGU